GAGUGAGACAGAGAUAGAGGGGAAGAGUGCGUGAAAACAAGGAACACAUCCGCAGUGCAAAGGGAAAACUUUUUGCAUGCCACAAGCAGCAGCAGGAGCGGCAGCGGCAGCAGCAGCAGCUGACUGUUGCAGGAAGCCUGACAGCGGGACGGCUGCAGCAGGACCCGGACAACACUGUUGCGGACAGGACACGCGUCCGGUCCUGUCAUAAUCAAUUCAAUAGAAGCCUCUAGCAAACAGCGGCUCAGGAUACGUCGGACACACCCGAACAAGCGCAGCAAGAGGCAACAUUAAUGAAUCCUUAGAAUUCCAGACAGGCUCCAGCAGUGUAAUGCGCCUUGGGGGAAGUGGCAUACCAUACGACGGCGACCCCCUGACAAUGAGCGCAGCUGGCAACGAUUAUGCCGAACUUUGCGAUCUUGGACCCUCACGUUGGAGUGCACGAGCCUACGGAUAUCAUGGCGGAGCAGCAGCGGGACUUGGCCUUGGCGGCCCCAGUGGCGGUGGCAUCGGCGGACUGGCCGGCCUCAUUUCGGGCGCCACCCAAUCAUCAUCCAGCGUGCCGACUGGCGGCUCGCAAGGACUCAGUGCCCACCAUAUGCGGAGCAGUGCGGGUGCUCCUAGCAGCUACGAGGCCGAGGACAUCGGCCUGGCCUACGGCAUGAUCAGUCCACCGCCCGGCAGUGGCGGCCCCUACGGGGGCCCGGCGUCGGGUAUGGGCAGCGGCUCGCGUGUGGGGAAUAGCACGAGCUCGCUGCGCGCCGGUGGAGGAGCGGGAGGAGGAGGAGGAGCUGGUGGCGGAGGACGCUCUGGGCUCUACUACUCGCCGCCAGGCACCUCGUACACAAUCAUUGAGCGUCCCCACUCGCCCCACUACUACUUUAACUCGGCGGGGGUGCCCACCAAGGGGGGCUCGCUGCCGGGACGCGGCUCUGCGUACCUCAGCUCCUCACCCGCCAGCCAUAUGGCCGCCGGCACGGCGGGCACCCUGCCCACCUCAACGGCGGCCAGUGGGCGGUCGUCGAUGGGCAACGGCAACAAGAAGCGGCCCAUAUCGCCGGAGCAGGUGCUGCGCAUGUUCGGCGCCACGCAGUCGUCUUCAGUUCCUACGAGUAGCUAUCACUACAGCAAUGGCGGCACCCGCGAUCGCACCGGACGACGCAGUCCGGCCAGCAGUCCGCCCUCGACGACGCAUCAGAUCUAUCGGGAUCGUGAGCGGGAACGAGAUCGCAGUGUUCCCAACAUUCACGAACUAACGACGCGAACCGUUUCCAUGUCGCGCGAUCAGCUGAUCGAUCAUGGCUUCGGUAUCUGUGUCAAAGGAGGCAAAGACUCAGGCUUGGGCGUUUACAUCUCACGCAUCGAGGAGAAUUCGGUGGCCGAGCGCGCCGGACUGCGACCGGGUGAUACAAUCCUAGAGGUGAACGGCACCCCAUUCACCUCAAUCAAUCACGAGGAGGCGCUGAAGAGAUGUGUGCAGAUAUUGAAAUCGUCACGUCAAAUCAGUAUGACGGUGAGAGCCCCACCCACGCUGAACUCGACGGCGCCGCUCCAUGGAUUUGGACCACCCUCCCGCGAUCCCAUGUACGCGUCGAUGGCACCACCCCUGCAUCCACAGAAUCAAGCGGCGGCGGCGGCAUCGGGAGCGGGCUUGCCCUUCCGGCAGACCUGCUCCUGGAUGGAUCGGCAUGGUAGGCCCGCCUCGCCGCCCAUGGAAUACGGGGGCAGACGGAGCGAUCGACGAGAUCGGAUACGUCGGGUAGAGCUGCUCAUAGAGCCGGGACAAUCCCUGGGCCUGAUGAUACGCGGCGGCGUGGAGUACGGCUUGGGCAUCUUUGUCACCGGUGUGGACAAGGAUAGUGUGGCCGAUCGGUGUGGUCUGAUGAUCGGCGACGAAAUCCUCGAGGUCAAUGGCCAAUCGUUUCUCGAUGUGACGCACGACGAGGCCGUUGGUCAGUUGAAAUACCACAAGCGCAUGUCGCUGGUGAUACGUGAUGUGGGCAAAGUGCCGCAUUCCUGUACCUCCAUCGAGAUGGAGCCCUGGGAUGCCUACAGUCCAACAGGCACAAGGGCACGCCGAAAAGGUCAGAUUGCGACCAUGGUGGAGGAGAAGGCCCGCUCUCUGCUGCCCCGUCAUCAUUUUGCAAGCCUCUCCUACUAUAUUGCAGAGUAUAGUGGGAAAGCAAUGACCAUAGAUGCCUUUGUUGCCGUCUUGUUAGAGAUGUUAGAUACGUACGAAAAGCACACGCUAGUGACGGAGAUCCGAGAACUUGUGUUCCCCGAGGAUCGCACGCGAUACGAUGAGCUCGUCUAUCGCAGGGAACGCGAUCCUUAUAGCGUGGACAGGCACAGGCGUAAGGGAGACCCCGCCCGUGAUUUGCCGGUAACAGCUGACGAUUUGGAGAUUAUAGCCGCCACCGGACGUAGUCCCUCAUCGGACUCGGGACUAGGCAUGACCGUCACGGAUAUACACAAACGACCCGCAAUCCAGUUGCCAUAUCGGCCCAUGUCGGCGGGACCAAUACUGCAUCGCGCACAGCCAGCAUCACAUUAUCAGACAGCAAGUAACCAAUCUUCAUCAUCAUUAUCGCCAACACCCCAACAACAGCAACAACAAAAGCAGCAAAAGCAAAAGCAAAAUCAACAGCAACAACAUUAUCCACCUCAUCAUGCCUCAUUGCGUCAUCUGGGUGGCAUCAACAGCGGCAACGUGGGAUCUGUGUCUAUGCGUCAUCAUCAUCAUCAGCACCAACACCACCAACAGUCGGGACCAAAUCAGUUGAAAUUCAAGCAAACCAAAGACAAUCAGCAACAGGAAUACGGCUGUGAUGAGCAUAGAACUAGAGCUCGCCGGGGAAGCGAAACCCUAUUACCGGAAUACGAACAAGAUGCGGAACAGGGCGGCUACUUAGAUGGACUACGUUCACAUUUGGGUGGUUUAACACAACGUGUCAAAUCAUGGUAUUGGGGACGACCUCUAGAGUUGGCCACAAAACUCUCAAGAAGUUUCGAUAUGAAGGAAGAAGGCGGCACAUUGCUGGGCGAUAAAGGUGUACGAAGGCAUCAGUCCAUGCAGCGUCUGUCCGCUGAGCAGAAUGGUGGUUCAACGACUGAACAAACACAUGAACACAAUCCAAACGUCGUACCUGAUCAUAGAGGCAACUUACACAUUACAGUUAAGAAAACCAAACCAAUUUUAGGUAUUGCUAUCGAAGGUGGUGCUAAUACAAAACACCCGCUCCCUAGGAUAAUCAAUAUCCAUGAAAAUGGUGCAGCAUUUGAAGCGGGCGGCCUGGAGGUCGGGCAACUGAUACUGGAGGUAGAUGGAACGAAGGUGGAGGGUCUACAUCAUCAGGAGGUUGCUCGACUGAUAGCCGAAUGCUUUGCUAAUCGUGAAAAGGCUGAAAUAACCUUCUUAGUUGUCGAAGCAAAGAAAUCAAAUUUGGAACCGAAGCCAACAGCGUUGAUAUUUUUAGAAGCCUAA